ACUGGAUUAUAGAUCUGUUAUGCCAAGGAUCUCUCUUGUCAUAUCAGCCAGAAAUAGAUGAAAAAGAGACAGUAAGAAAACAAGUGAAAGAGAGGAGAAAAGAAGAGAAUCGAAGUGAAGAAAAGAGGAAUGAAGUAUCCUCCUGUUCUUCAGACUAAAUCUCUUUUAGACAUGGAGGUAGCUAACUAUUGUGAAGGCCUGGAUCCAUCAUACAACACGCUAGGCUUUGAGAAUGCAGAAGUUCUAUAUGGAGGAGAAAGUAUGCCAACAGAGCCAAGCCACACGGGUCCGGACGGACUCAGCAGUAACUGUGCGAUCUGUGGAGACAAAGCUACAGGAAAACACUACGGAGCGUCCAGCUGUGAUGGGUGUAAAGGCUUCUUUAGACGCUCCAUACGCAAGAGCCACGUGUACACCUGCAGGUUCAGCAGACAGUGCAUCGUGGAUAAAGAUAAGAGGAACCAGUGUCGUUUCUGCAGACUCAACAAAUGCUUCAGAGCUGGCAUGAAAAAGGAAGCUGUGCAGAAUGAGAGGGAUCGUAUUAGCUCCAGAAGAAGUAUCCCUGACACCCAUGACUUGCCCCCCAUUACUAUUUUGGCUCAGGCAGAAUCAUUAUCCCAGCAGAUCACUAUCCCUGUUGGAAUGGGAGAUGUAUCAGAGCUGAAGUCGGCCACAGUAGGAGACAUUUGUGAUUCUAUGAGACAGCAGUUGCUGGUGUUGGUGGAAUGGGCAAAGUAUAUUCCAGCCUUUGGAGAGCUGCCAUUGGAUGAUCAGGUGAGCUUACUCAGGGCUCACGCAGGUGAACACCUUUUGCUCGGGGUUUCCAAAAGGUCAAUGCCCUUCAAGGACUUCCUGCUUUUAGGUAAUGGCAGUGUGAUACACCGGAACAGCCCUGAACCUGAGAUUUGCAGAGUCGCCAACAGAGUGCUGGACGAGCUCGUCCAGCCCUUUCAAGAUAUUCAGAUAGAUGAAAAUGAAUAUGCGGCUCUCAAGGCAAUUGUCUUCUUUGACCCAGAUGCAAAGUCUUUGCGGGACCCCUCAAAGAUUAAGACCAUGCGUCUGCAGGUCCAGAUGAGCCUGGAAGACUACAUAAAUGACCGUCAGUACGACUCGAGGGGUCGUUUUGGCGAGCUCCUGCUCCUGCUGCCCACACUGCAGAGCAUUACGUGGCAGAUGAUCGAACAGCUCCAGUUCAUUAAGCUGUGCGGCCUGGCCAAGAUAGACAACCUGCUGCACGAGAUGCUGCUGGGAGGGCUAACAACAGAUCCCACACACCUGCAGCACCCGGCACACACCCAGCUCGCCCAGAACCCAGUGACUGGACACACACUGGUCAUCAGCUCCAUGCCAGUCGUUCACACUCCACAGAUAGCCUCACCAGACACUCCGAUCCCUUCGCCCCCCCAAGGUCCCGCUACAGAGAUGUACAAACACUUUCCCCAGCCCCUUUGUCCCGCGGCCAGCCCCUCGCCAUCCGCACAGACGGAGCCCUGACUUCAUUCCCCAACGCCAAAGACCCGAUGUGGAAUUACUAUCCAUGCUAUACUCAUUAUCCUAGCAUGAAACAUUGUAAAAAUACAUGUUCAUAUUUUAACCAGCUCCUUUCCUCCCUUCGUUGCCUGUGAAGUUGCACUACCAGCUUGAGAAUGAUAAAUGUAGCAAUGGUAGCAUUUGUGGGGCUCUUUCUGUCAGACACAAAGCCAAACUGGGGUUUAACGUUCACCCACCCUCCAGGUUUAUGUCCUGGAACCAGAGACAGGUGUUUGCAGUUAAGACUCAGCCCAUCAGAAAUAGUAGUACAAUAUCAGGGUUCAGUUUAGCUGUGAACUGUGCUAAAAGUCGCUCGGACCACAUAAUUCCUCUCACCGUUGCACAACAGCAGGUAAAAUGUGAUUGUGCAGCUUUAACUUUACUCACAUUACUAAAAUAUUCCAACAUGAAAGCAGGAUCAGUCAUCUGAGAGAAUAUCAUGUUUUUUCUCACAGAUUUUAAGUUAAACAGAAAAGAAAAAACAUCUAGAGUAAUACAGCCAUCUCAAGGGUGAGUCUAUCAAAUGUGCAGAUAUUCAGAAUGAUAAAACUUUUGCUAAAGGUAAUUUGAAUUAAUUCAAUAUAACCUUACAUACAUUACCGAAGUGAGUUUUUCUUUCAUUUUGCCACUCUAAGUGCUUCAAAUAAAUAUUUGCUCCUGUGCCUUUAGUCCAGUCCUCGUGCCGAGAACAAAUAUGUGCAUGAGUUCUGUUGUUUGCUUCGAAAAUAUGAAAACCACGGAGCACUGGGGGCGCUGCUGCACUGGUCUGUUACCUGCAGUAGUCUCUGAAUCACGCUGGCCCUGCCUGGCUUCAUCUCCUCCAUAAAUAAAUAUGAGGUCAGAGCUGCAUGUUAGCAGUGAAGAUAAAAGCUUGUGGUAGACCACUGCACGAUGAAGAAGAAAAUCAAAUUGUACCGCCAUGUUAAGAUUGUAGAAACACAGCAUCUCCGUUGGUUUGGGUGGAUUUCUGCCUGCUGACAGGUUAACAGAAGGUGAUGCUCAUUCUUCUGCGGGAUUUCAGUACACCUGUCAAAGAGGGGGAGUUUUUUAUAAUGCCAUACAUGUUUAUGGAUCAUGAAACUGUGGCUGAUUUUUGUUUUAAGAUGUAUCAAAAAUGGUGAACAUUCUACAAGUUUAUCGUGCCUUUCAGACAUAAAUGUGCACAUGAAGAAGAAAAGGAAAAACCACCACGUGGUCGACGUACCUGCCUGUUCAUUUGACCACUUACAGACUUUUUCCCACUUGAAUCGAACUGGAGUAACAGUAGAGGUGGUGGGCAGUUUUUAUUUUGGAACUUUGGUGCUUCAGAUGUGUGCCCUCGUUUUGUUCAGGCUGAUUUGGGACAACCUGAACAAAAGUGAUUUGUUAGUAACUGAAGCUCACCUAACUCCACCCACCGAAGCCGCUCCAAUCCAUUAAUGAGCUCUUUUAAAUGCUCCAGAGUUUGUUCUAGCAUUUUUAACUGUCAAGAACAGAAACAACUAACGGUUGGCGUAAUCCGUUUAUAUUUGUACAUCCAACUCUUGACUACAUUUAGACACUGUGUCUCGCUCUGUGUAAAUAGUAUAUAGACUGUCAACUUUGUGCGCUGGGUUUUGUGUCACUGCAGCACAUUUUCAUAAACCUAUAGCUUACUGAUACAACAAUGUUUAAAACCAUGGCUCGUUUGAGUUGUAGACUUUCAGAUAUAAAGCCUACGUUCUUUAAGCUGGGAUAUGCAAGCAUAUUUUUUAGACUUUAUGGUUAUUUUAUGUUUGGAGUUCAUCUCUUGCCAAUUUCUGCAUGAUGAAUAAAAAUAGAAAAUUCUGCAUAAGGGAAACACAUGGACACACAUUUUCUUUGUAUAUACGUGUGUGUGUGUGUGUUUAUAAAUAUACAUUUACUUAUACAUAUGUAAGUUUCUCUGAAAAUUGUGUAAAUAUAAAAAUAAUUUCUUGAAUCUACUAAACAAUGUGAAGAUUUCUUAAUUUCUUUGCCAAUUAAAAAACUUUACUAUC